AAUCCAGUUCCCCUCCCCCACCCCAGCUCAUGCCCCAGCCCCCGAACUCCGGGGCUGCCAGCCCCCGGUGCCCCCGCCCCUCCUGAGAAUCGGGGUGUGCUCCCCAAGCCCCCUCCCCUCCAUUGGGGACCCCCUUUUAGGGCCCCCUUCCCCUCCCUCCCACGCUCCCUCCCCUUCCCUUCUCCAACCCCCUCUUUCCCCUCUCACCCCUCCCCCCAUCCUGGCCCCCCCUGCAAAAGUGGGGUGCGGAGGGGGGAGGGGUGAGAACCCACGGAGGGGAGGAACGAAACUCCGAUGAAGUCAGAGCCCCUUACCCGCCGCCGCGGCCAGCCCCCCCAACAUGGACUGUCUCUGUAUAGUGACAACCAAGAAAUACCGCUACCAAGAUGAAGACACGCCCCCUCUGGAGCACAGCCCGGCCCACCUCCCCAACCAGGUAAACGCCCCCGAGCUGGUGCACGUGGCGGAGAGGAACUUGUCCCACCUCGAGGCCGGCCACGGGGUCGUGGGCCACGCCCACCUCUCCCCCCUCAAGGCCAAUUCUCCUCCUGUGAUUGUCAACACAGACACCCUAGAAGCCCCGGGAUAUGAGUUGCAGGUGAACGGGACGGAGGGGGAAAUGGAAUACGAGGAGAUCACAUUGGAAAGGGGCAACUCAGGUCUGGGCUUCAGCAUCGCAGGCGGCACCGACAACCCACACAUUGGUGACGACCCGUCCAUCUUCAUCACCAAGAUCAUUCCUGGCGGGGCCGCGGCCCAGGACGGCCGCCUCAGGGUCAACGAUAGCAUCUUGUUUGUGAAUGAGGUGGACGUGCGGGAGGUGACCCACUCAGCCGCGGUGGAGGCCCUCAAGGAGGCGGGCUCCAUCGUCCGCCUCUACGUCAUGCGGCGGAAGCCUCCAGCUGAGAAGCUUAUGGAGAUCAAACUCAUCAAGGGGCCUAAAGGUCUUGGCUUCAGCAUCGCGGGGGGCGUAGGGAACCAACACAUCCCCGGAGAUAACAGCAUCUACGUGACAAAGAUCAUCGAAGGGGGUGCCGCCCACAAGGACGGGAGGCUGCAGAUUGGGGACAAGAUUCUAGCGGUCAACAGUGUGGGGCUGGAGGACGUCAUGCAUGAGGACGCCGUGGCAGCCCUGAAGAACACAUAUGACGUUGUCUACCUGAAGGUGGCCAAGCCCAGCAAUGCCUACCUGAGUGACAGCUAUGCUCCCCCAGACAUCACAACCUCUUAUUCCCAGCACCUGGACAACGAGAUUAGUCACAGCAGCUACCUGGGUACCGACUACCCCACAGCCAUGACCCCCACCUCCCCUCGGCGUUACUCCCCGGUGGCCAAGGACCUGCUGGGGGAGGAAGACGUUCCCCGGGAACCGAGGCGCAUAGUGAUCCACCGGGGCUCCACGGGCCUGGGCUUCAACAUUGUGGGUGGCGAGGACGGUGAGGGCAUCUUUAUCUCCUUCAUCCUGGCCGGUGGCCCUGCGGACCUCAGCGGGGAGCUGCGGAAGGGGGACCAGAUCCUCUCGGUGAAUGGUGUUGACCUCCGCAGUGCCAGCCACGAGCAGGCUGCCAUCGCCUUGAAGAACGCGGGCCAGACGGUCACCAUCAUCGCUCAGUAUAAACCAGAAGAGUACAGCCGAUUCGAGGCCAAGAUCCACGACCUUCGGGAACAGCUCAUGAACAGCAGCCUGGGCUCAGGGACCGCCUCCCUGCGGAGCAACCCCAAAAGGGGUUUCUACAUCAGGGCCCUGUUUGAUUACGACAAGACCAAGGACUGUGGCUUCCUGAGCCAGGCCCUGAGCUUCCGUUUUGGGGACGUGCUGCACGUGCUCGACGCCAGUGACGAGGAGUGGUGGCAGGCACGGCGGGUCCACCCCGACAGCGAGGCCGAUGACAUCGGCUUCAUCCCCAGCAAACGGCGGGUCGAACGACGGGAGUGGUCAAGGUUAAAGGCCAAGGAUUGGGGCUCCAGCUCUGGAUCACAGGGUCGAGAAGACUCCGUUCUGAGCUAUGAGACGGUGACGCAGAUGGAAGUGCACUAUGCUCGCCCCAUCAUCAUCCUUGGGCCCACCAAGGACCGAGCCAAUGAUGACCUUCUGUCCGAGUUCCCCGACAAGUUCGGAUCCUGUGUUCCCCAUACGACGCGGCCCAAGCGGGAAUAUGAGAUAGAUGGCCGGGAUUACCACUUCGUGUCCUCCCGGGAAAAAAUGGAGAAGGACAUUCAGGCGCACAAGUUCAUCGAGGCCGGCCAGUACAACAGCCACCUAUACGGAACGAGCGUCCAGUCCGUGCGAGAGGUGGCCGAGCAGGGGAAGCACUGCAUCCUCGAUGUCUCGGCCAAUGCCGUGCGGCGGCUGCAGGCGGCCCACCUGCACCCCAUCGCCAUCUUCAUUCGCCCCCGCUCCCUGGAGAAUGUGCUAGAGAUUAAUAAGCGGAUCACAGAGGAACAAGCUCGCAAAGCCUUCGACAGAGCCACCAAGCUGGAGCAGGAAUUCACAGAGUGCUUCUCAGCCAUCGUGGAGGGCGACAGCUUUGAGGAGAUCUACCACAAGGUGAAGCGUGUCAUCGAGGACCUCUCAGGCCCCUACAUCUGGGUCCCGGCCCGAGAGAGACUCUGACUCCCGCCCUGGUGUGGCCUGAACUCGCCCUGUCUCCGGCCCCCGGGCCCUUGGUCUGGACUGAAUUGCCCAAGCCCUGCGCACCCCCUGGCCUCCCUCCCGUCCCUUCUUAU